AUGGCUCAGGCGGAGCGCCGGUGCUCAUGCGACCAAUCAAACGCUCCCAAACCGAAUCCGCCAAUGACAGCCCCGCCUGCAACCACACGUUAUCGCAGCGCGUUCGGAACGGCUUAUCGCAUCGACCCGGAGUGUCCUCACUCUGGCCUCUCGCUUUCUCUCAUCCCUCUCUCCUCCUUAAAAUAUUUCCAUCACCUCAUCCACGAUCACUCUUGCGCUGCUUUAUUGCAUCCCCUCAUCACUUCCUCAGCCAUGGCUAUCCAUCCGAGUAUUCGCAAUGAGCAUCUGCGCGAGCGCACAGCCGCCACCAGCUUGACGCAGCAGCAGGCAAUCGAUAUCUCAGCCUGGACAGAGCAAGCAGCCGCCUCGCUUCAAGUUCUGGAUAUCUCCGACUCGGUUGCGGAAAUUGAAUUUCCAAUUGUCUCUUCUGAAACUGCGACUGCUGGUCGAGGCACAUCGAAUGCGCUAUCCAUUCCUUUAGACGGGCCAAUCGUCAAGAGCUUGACGCCUCGUGUGAAAAUUGUUCACAGAACGGGCGAGGAGGAUGUCUCAACAGCGCCUUCAAAUACCUAUCGUCGCCGCGAACCUAUUCGACGCGAUAGCAUGAAAAGGCGCGAGGCCUUGUUGAAGGGCAAAGAGGGCAGUCGGCGUCGACAGCGCUGGGAGAAUGAUCGUCUUCUGAACAAUCCCUGGGCGCAACCGCCAGCCCCCGGCGACUGGUCUGUUCAACCGACGCACCCGCGACACGAUCCUCUUCCGUACUACCUAGCUCCACUUUGGGAUAGCCAUUACGCGCACAAGGAGCACGAUAAGUCGCGCAAACAUGCGAAGAGAAGCAUUAAAGACUACGAGGAUGAGAAGAACCGAGUAUCUCGAGAGAUUCGCAAGUCUCUGAAACACGCCCGAGCAGCACGCGGUCUGCUACAGGAUUUGGAAGAAGAUAUUCGGUGCUUCCUUGAAAACUGGAAUGACAAACAAUUGAGGCUUGAGUUCAACGAUUCCGAGAACUCUGAAUUUGAGGACUCGGAUGAGGAGAUUGUCUUUGUCGGCCGGAAUGGGCAGAUGCACGACUCUCACAAGCGUAAAGAGAAAGCAAAACUUGUCGAUACAGAGGUUCAAGAUGGACAAAAAAUGGUCUUUGAGAGCUUGGCUCAUGACCCUGGUGCGGUAUUUGGACGAUGGCUCGUUCAUUCGAUCGCUGCAUACUACGGCUUGUAUACAUGGUCCGUCACAGCUGGCAAUCCAGCUCGCCGCCAGGCCUAUGUCGGGCUCAAUCCUCCAGCUGCAAGCAAGCAUAUCUCGGAGAUCGCCUUUCCCUCGGGGCAGAGGGCAGCGUGUGGGACAACAAAUGCACUGAGAAUAAAACCGGGGGAGCCGUUGCCGAAGCCAAUAUGGGUGCAAGUGUGA